AUGAUACCGCAUUCUUCUGCCGGCGGCCAACCAUGGGGUCACCCGAUGCGACCACUCAAUGCUGGCCCCGGAAGGGUCGAUUUGGCACAAAUGUCUUCUCAAUAUGAUCCCUCAUCGGUGACCUCCCAGCCGCCUCUACCCCCGUCGCAGCCUCAGACGCGCCAAUCGGCAGUGGUCGACUUGACCAAUAAUGGAUACGACCCGAAUGAUAAGGAGCCCCCACCAAAACGACCAAGACUGGAUAUAUCAGGUGCUUCCAAGAUUGGUGAUGCAGGCUCAUCCGCAAAGGGUGCAGAUGCGAGGAGUACACCGGCCAGCGCCAGUUCACGACCUCAACUGUCAUGGCGCGGCCGACCCAUGUGGUCGUUUCAGGCGGUCAUGUCAGAGAUUCCAGGCAGUGCGACGGGGUCUCGGCCUACAUCUCCGCCCCCAUUCCCUCCCCAACCCUGGAGUAAUACCCCUCUUAAUCGACUAGAUGGAUGUUCAAGAUCAAGGGAGGCUUCCCCGGACAAGAAAGUUCAAACAAUCCCAUUUCGUAUUGUGACUCCUUCCGUGGCCCCAGCGAUUAAAGGCGAGAAAGUUGCCGAUUUCACUCCGUGGACCGGGAACCAUCCAGAAGAUGUCUUGAAUGAACAAGCGGCGAAACAAGGCUACUAUAGCAGGACCCAGGUUUCUCAAAAUGAAUCCAAUACGGCCCGACCUGCACUGUACGGACAAUUAAAACACCGUACAGGGCUCCAGAUGCUUUCAACCGUCUUUUCUGCUGCACUGGAAAAACGUCAACAUCACAACACCGUUCAUGCGCCAUCUAGUUUCAAGCCGCCACCAAGAGUGACGCUCACCGACAAUAAACGAGAGGCGUGGCUUCGAGAUCUUGCCAACCCGUCCGUGCCGCUGCGUCGGCUGAGCCGAACCAUCCCUCAUGGUAUCCGAGGCAAAGUCCUUCUUGAUCAAUGCCUUGGAAAGUGGAUUCCGGUUGCACGGGCAGUUUGGCUCGCAAAGUGUGUCGGCGCCAAUGAAAUCCGCGCCUUUAAGCGGAAAGGAACGAGUGGUGCUCUGGCUGUGGGGUUGGAAGCGAAAUGGGUACGAGACUGGACGACAAACGUUCAGCAGUUUCUUGAGACUGUGUUCAGUGCGCCCAAGUCCUCUGACUGGAAACCGAGGAUGACUUAUGCGAUUGGAUUGACUGCCCGUCUCUUUUUUGAGAAUCUUCUUGAUCAUGAUCACUUCAUUGAGUGGUUCCUGUCUUCAUUCGAAGCCGCCUCAAUCGGCACGGUUCCUGUCUGGCUUAUGAUGCUUGGCAUUUACUGGAGCAGCAUCACACGCUAUCGACGUAGAGGGCGACGGCUGGCCGAACUUCUACUCGAAAAGUUGCGGCAGGCUACACAGGCCAAGCGAGAGCCUCUGAAACCCCUCAUUGAUCGACUUUCCCGGUUCAUAAAGAAGUUGGUUCAGGAACAUACUUCAUCAUUGCUCCUACCAAACUCAUGGGAGAAAUACAAAAGCCAGGUCAUGUCGUGCCUUGAUCUCACAGACAAUGUGGACCGAGCCUUAUUGCAAAACCUCACCGAGCGUAAUGCUCGAGUACAAAAGCCUCAUCAUACAAAGCAAACACCGCAGCGAUCACCAAACCAAUGCAUUAUCCGCCUCCUUGAUUCGAUACUCUCUGAAUAUGACAUCAAUGCAGUCUCGUCGGCCUGUUUGGUAGCUGUUGAGGACAGAGCAGUCUUGGUCUCGAAGUUGUUGGAAUGGUUGUCCACUCCAUUCCGCCAUGGAAUCUACCGAGUCUACGCUGGCGCUCGUCUAUUGCGAAAAUGGAAGGCGGCAGGAGUGGAUGUGGACGAUCAUAUUCUCAACUUUCUUACACGAGCCGGACGUAACCAGAAGUUGAACAUGGAGAAUGUAUAUCAUACAAUCUCUGAGCUCGUCAGGUCACAGACGUUCUCAGUGGGCCGAUACCUUCAAUGGCUGAUGGCCAAAGAUGUUACAAGUCAUGCCUCUUCCUACCGUCAAUCAAUGCCUGACCUGCAUAUCGACAUUGCAUUGAUAGCACAGCUUCCCGUUAGCCGUCUCCCGGAACAUGUUGGCAAUUUGCGUAGCACCUUGCUAGCUCGUAUUGGGUUUUCUGCUGCAGAUGAAGUCAAUAUGCUUGCCAAUAUAAAGCAACUUAUCAGCCGACGUCUCCCGGGAAUUUUUGACAUGGAUUCUCACAAUGAAAUGACCACUGACUCAUUGUCCCUUAAACUGACCUGGGCUGUGAAAGCUGAGAUAGGUCAGUGGCUACGUCGAGGUGUUGUUGAACAUACUCGCGAGGUCACUGCCUCAACCACUCGGUCAUCAAUCCUGGUUGGUGUCCAUUCUGUGUCAAUACUUACACCGGAUGAAUUUCAGAUUGUUCGCGACAUUCUCGAAACAUUUGAGGAUGUUUCCAUGUUGGCAGAUGUCUUGAAAUGCGCUUCAAGCUCUAGGAAUAGCGUUGUCCUUGCAUCGGUUGCUGAUACCACAAACUAUCAUUUCGACUCACUGUGCAUGAUUGGGGCGACAUCGGAUCUGUUCCGCAAGCUGGUCGAUGCGUAUACAAUUAUCAAACGAUAUAACCCCCCGAGUCUGGAUUUAAUGUUUUCGUUGAUCGAGCUUGGCUUGCGUAUUCCCCAUGAGUGUAAUACGGUUUUGAUCCUUCGUCAAGACCUUUCACGCAUCGGGAACAAGGCUGUUUUGGCUGCAUCAUCUCCAGUCUCCGACCACAUCCCCGACUCUUUCGGGAAUACAGAUCCCUUGUUUCGCGAGAAGUUAGAUCAUCUUCUACUCUCCGGGAAUCUGAUGGAUGAGCCCACGCUGGAUACCAUUUUUAAUACAUUGACGAAGCAAUUGGAAUCUCAGCUCAGCAAGGGCAAAUUGUCAGCAAACGAUAUUUGUCAGUAUUUGGCGCAGUUGCGAUCCUUCCAGCCAAAACAUUUUGACGGGAUAUUGAUUCGCUGGGUCUGCACUCAUCUACGAUCCUCUGAUCGUUCUACUUUACUGAAUAUUAUUCCCUCCCUGAUUGGGGUGGGAUGCGUUACAAUUACAUCGUUCCUGUCUCUAGUGAGAAGGCUCAGCUACUCCACGACUCCGCUUCCCAAUGCAGAAGAUCUGCCAGCAGACCUUGUUGAUACUCUUCUUUCUGUCCCAACAGAGGACAGGUACCUCGAUCUGUUUUCUCCCCCCGCAGAAGACAGGUACUCUGAUCUGGUCUCUUACCGCUUCUAUUUGUCGCAACAGGAAUUCUUAGCCAAGAGCUUCGAUGAGGUCCUUAGUAUCGUGUGCGACGCCGCAUCAUCUCUCGAUAUUGGCGAUGUCCGCAAGCGAAAUGAUCGAGAGGCUUCUCUUGUGACGCUAUUGCGUGAGCUUCUUGUGCGGAACCCCGGCUGCGUAGAGCAAAGUUGCAUGAAAAAGCUCGUCGAUCAGUAUCCGAACGCCAUCGGCCCACUCCGAAAAGCACUCGACAGCUUGCUCGGGGUUGAUCACCAAAAAGACGCCUCAUCUGUGAUCUCACAAGUCGAAAAGUUGGCCAGCACAACCGAUGACCUGUCUCUCCCCUUUUGCCAGUUGAAGCUUCAGAUUCUCUUCCAUCAAGAUUCCGACAACGAAGAUCGAAACAAUAUCGCAGACGCAGUGUUCAAAACCGUUGUAGCCAACUCCCGCGCCCACAACUUCCACUGGGUCGAUCUUGUUGCGCUCAUGAGCCCAGAUGCUGUCCGUCAGAUUCGCGAACGUGCAGAGAGAGAGUUCUUCUCUAUCCCUGUACUGGAAGAGUCAUCAAUUAAUUCUCUGGCCACACCUCACAGUUCGGGAUCUUUGGAAACCGCAAAACUCUACCUCACAAUAAUUGAGGAGCUUGCUGGCAGCACCCAGGAUGCUGCAACUUCCGCAGUUGUGUCUGCCCUCGUUGAUAAAAUGGAUGGCCUGCUGCAGAAGAUUUUAACGAUGCAAGGUGAUGAUCGAACUGGUGGCACGCCUAGUCCAGCGCGGUCGAACUUCGAUCGGUCUCUUGCCUUCUGGUUUUCAGCUCUGCUAAGGAUGGUCGUCAUACAUCGUGCCUCGUUCAUGCUGCCAUCUGGCCUAAAGGUCAAUGCCUCCCACGAGCCAUCAAGGUUGUUGGUCUCUAUCUUCUGUAUAGCGCUUUCUCGUCUUCCAGCCGAUGUCCUACGCCUUUUCCCUGGCGCAGACUAUUUCCCCCGGGCGGGAUCACCCAAAGACUAUCGACCCUGUCCAGGCAUUUUGUUACAAACCCAUGCCCUAGAUGUUGCUGCGUCAUUAAUUGACGUGUUUCCGGAUGAGACAAGAUACCAGUGCUCUCGCUUUCUCAGGGAGAAGUGCCCAACGCUCGGUCUGCAGAGUGACGCCCGGUUCCUCUAUCUUUUAGGUCCAAUGGGAGACUUCACAAUGUCUCACCUCCAAUCAGCAGCAGCACCGUCCCCGGCAGCAGGUUCCACCCCAACACCCAACUUGCCUGCUCCUGCUCAUUCUUCGCAGUCUACGACUACGCACUCAGGUGCGCAUGUUGGUGAAGGGCUUAAUUUCACAGCGAAUCGACUUCGUCUUCAACAACGGGGGCGGACCGUCGGUCCGUAUCCAAACCGGCCGUGGGAACUCCUUGAAGAUGCGGCACCUUUUGUAGGUGUGAACGACACCGCAGUAAAUCUGGGUUACUUUGAUGCCCGGCGUAUCAGGCUUUGA